CAACAAAACAUUGAUUGCGUUCGGUAAACGAAAUCACUAUCUAAUAAACGAAAAUUAUUAUUUCUUCGUCUUGAGACUGUGUUUACUAACUUUUACCUGUUUUGAGUUCAGGUCAACCGAUUCACAUCAAAAUUGGAAUUUAAGUUUCUUUUACCUAUAGUUACUUGUAAACAAAAAUCAGCUUGAUCCGAUCAUUUUUACGAUCUUGCUAGUUAGCGAGUUAAAUCAUUUCUAUUAAUUAUAUAAAAAUCAAAUUGCAUAUUAAAAUUUGAAUAUUCAUACGAUCAACAUUCAGUUCUUGCACAUUUAGUUCAGCCGCUCACACACAACAGUCGCUAUUUUCAAACAUCAUUUAUGCAUUAUCAUUAUAUGUUCAAAUUAAAGUAAUUAAGAUCCAUUUGUUACAUCGAAGUAUUUUAUUUACGGAAAACUCCAUAUUGAAUGUUCUGAACAUUUUGGUGUCCAAUCGAUUUAAUAAAACUAAAAGACAAAAAAAAUGCCACCUCCAAAAGCAAAAUUGCACAGCUCCACCGGACGUUUGAAAAAUAUCACCACUUCUUCAACGAGCAAUAGUAACGAAAGUCAACAAAAUGUAAGCAACCGAAACAUUUCAAAUACACAAACCAAUCGAAACAGUGUACCAUCAAAUGAAAGAGGAAUUGAACCAAGAGAUCAAUUGGAUCAAGCAAGAGAGCAAUUGAAUCAAGCAGUUGAGCAAUUUGAAUUGGAGCUUUAUUGGUGCAUACAGACAUUGGAAAAUUCAUUAAGUUCAGGGAAACUAAAUGCCAAACAAGCUCAAGAUGCGGAAAAAACGUUAAAGUUAUUAAAAGGAAACAACCAACCAAUUGUAAAAAAACGGCAAUUGAUGUCUUGUACAUUCGGCGAUUAUCGUAAGAAAAUGGCUGACGAAGAAAAAAAAUUGCGAGUAGGAAAUACAUCUAUCCAGUUCGUUGAGCCUUCGACAAAAGAUCAAAGCACAUCCAAUAAAAGUCAUUUUGUGAAAAAAUCAUUCGCAUCAACUUUGGGUAGCGCACCGAAUUUCCUGUUUAACUUUUCAGUAAACGCAAUGGAAAAGCUUUCAAUCGAUGCACCAACGGAACAACAAUGUGACAGUAUAAUUGAUUCAGUGAACAAUACUAUAAAUGAGCAAGCAAAAAGUUGUACGAGAAAUGAAAACGACAAUCAAUCUACCUCUGAAACGUCUCAAGAAAUCGCGGAAAAGUCUUCAGAUGUAUCCAUCAACAAAUCAAAGUUUAUUACCUCGGAUAAUUCAUUUAAGUUCAAUUUCGUAGUAGAAAAUGACUAAUUUUUGAAGUAUUACCGAUACACAAAAUAAACCAUUGAACUAAAUGAGCAAACGAA